AUGUCAGACAAAAAUUUUACAGGACUACAGGUUACAGAGUUUAUACUUACUGGCUCAGAUCAGCUGUCAAACCAAAUGAUUCUGGGACUCCUAAUCCUCAUCACAUAUUCCCUUAUAUUGCUGGGCUGCAGUAUCAAUAUAUGUAUCAUUACAUCAGACCGACUCCUGCACAGGCCAAUGUACAUAUUCAUUUGUAACCUGGCUGUUAUUGAUAUCAUGUUCACAACCAGUGCUAGCACAACUCUGAUCGCUCUGCUGCUUGCUGGGGUCCGAAACAUUUCAUAUCACUCAUGUAUUUCUCGCAUGUUUGUGUACAACUUGGGUGACAUCUGUCUUUGUUUUGCCCUGACCUUGAUGGCAUUUGACCGCGUGAUUGCCAUCAGUAAUCCACUGCGGUACCACAGCAUUCUCACCAAUUCACGGACAUUUGCCCUACUUGCCCUGUCCUGGCUGGUGGCCCUUACAGCUGCAGGUGUACUGGCAGGAAUCACUGACAGGCUUCCUUACUGCCAGCCCAUCAUCAAAUAUAGCUUCUGUGAUUAUGCUGCUUUGGUGAGAGCUGCCUGUGUUGAUCCAGAACCAUAUUUUAUGUUUACCACCAUUCUGGCCAUGUGGCUGCUGGGUGGACACUUCCCACUCAUCCUGGCAACAUAUGUGAAGAUCAUCUACACUGUGGCGAGACUGACUAACACUGCAGGCCGCAAGCAGAUGCUCAGCACAUGUCUAAGCCAUGCCAUUGUUGUAUUCUGCUUCUAUUUCCCCAAAUUAAUUUUGGUGUUGUUGACAAGGGUAGGUGUCACUCUGAAUCUGACAGAGAGAAAUGCAUUACUAACAGCGUCAACACUGUUACCAUCGCUUAUGAAUCCAGUCGUUUAUUUUUUCAGGACAAAGGAGAUUAGAAGCAGGCUAAUUCAAAUACUCAGAAGAAACAGUGUGAAAGCAAUGAAGUGA